AUGCGCGCAGCAAGAUACUACGGCAAAGAGGACAUCAGGAUUGAGGAUGUGGAUGAGCAGAAGUGCGGGGCGGGACAAGUCAGGGUCGCACCGGCCUUCGUAGGCAUCUGUGGUACAGAUCUCCAUGAAUACCUCGGAGGACCCAACUUCGCGCCGACGACACCACACCCGUGUACGAACGAAACGAUUCCCAUCACCCUGGGGCAUGAGUUCUCCGGGACUGUGACUGAAGUGGGUUCGGAUAACUCGAGCUUUACGGUGGGCCAGAAUGUCGUUGUUCAGCCGACAAUAUAUUGUGGCAAAUGCGAGGCGUGCAAAGCAGGCUCAGAAAACGUAUGCGAAAACGGUGGCUUCAUUGGGCUCUCGGGAGGAGGUGGCGGUUUGAGCGAUUCAGUCGUUGUGCCUGAAGGCGCAGUACUGAACUUGCCCACCAACGUACCGCUCGACGUCGGCGCGCUGGUGGAGCCACUGGCGGUUGCGUGGCAUGCUAUCUCAGCUGCCCCACUGACACCCGACUCCGUUGUCAUGGUCCUGGGUGGUGGACCGAUCGGGCUGGCAAUCGUCCAAUGUCUCAAGGCCCUGGGUACCAAGAAGAUCAUCGUGAGCGAGGUGUCGGGCGCGCGGCAACGCUUCGCAAGGGAGUUCGGCGCGCACCACGUCCUCUGCCCCAAAACAUACGACGUUGCGAAGAUGAGCAAGGCUCUGAGUGGAAAAGAUGGACCGGAUGUGGUUUUCGACUGCGCUGGCGUUCCCGCAAGUCUCACAACGGCUUGCACGGCGGUGCGCGCUCGAGGGACAGUCGUCAACGUCGCGAUUUGGGAGAAGGAAGUUCCGUUUAACCCGAACAUGCUCGUGUUCCGGGAGGCGCAGUACACAGCCGUUUUGGGCUACCAAAGAAAGGACCUCGAGGCCGUCAUCGAACAUCUAGCUGCUGGUACUCUAAAACCCAUGAAGAUGAUUACCAGCAAGAUUAGUCUGGAGGAUCUGGUAGAAGGCGGGAUCAAAGCCCUGAUCAACGACAAGGAGAACCAUGUCAAGAUCCUGGUUGAAGUUGGAGACUCAAUGGCUUGUUGCCAAGCGCCGUAUACGGCCAUGUCACAGUAUAACUCGAUGCCGUCCCCGGGGGUUUACGUUCCCCCAUCCCAAGGCUCCCCAGCGCAAUCGCAAGGCGUCCAGCAGCCCUCGAGCUAUCAGCCCAAUGCCACGAACUAUGGAGCACAAUAUCAGUCUCAGAAGGGAGGAGGCACGUUUGGCCAGAUGAUGAAUCAGCGGCUUGAGCAGGCGGUGACAACGGGAAAGCCAAUGCUGAACAAGCUGGGCAAGACUAUAAGCUCAAAGCUAGGGAACAAGCCUUCGGGAGGCCCACCGCAGCAUCUGCAGAGCUAUCAGAGUUACCAGACUCACUUUGGGCAGCAGGGCCAGAAUCAACCAUACCAGCAACCUCACGGUCAGGCUUUCAGUCCUCAGCCGCAACAGCAGCAAUGGGCACCACCGCAGCAACAACCCCCACCUCAAGCGCCGAAUGCCUACCCACCUCCACAGCCGUCUCCAUAUCAGCACUCGACCUACUCCACACCGGCUUCCGGCCACUCGGGGCAGAGCAACUACUUCCCAUCGCAGACGACGCAAGCGCCCACAACACAAUCUCAUACGCCGCAGUCGCCGCUCACUACCACGGGACAUAAUUCCUGGCAAAACGGUCAAGGCGGCGGGAUAGCGGAGCAUACACAGACACACGGAUACAAUUGGCAAAACCAGGCGCAGCCGGGUCAGCCUCAGGCGCCUGUCCCGCAACCGACACAGGAAUCAAGCCAAUACGCUGGACAGCAGAUGGGAGUGGUAGGAGGCUACAAUGCUGUGCAACAUACACCACCACCCCACACUUCUAGUAUGUCUCUGGGAAUACCCGCCCAGGCCAUGCAGCCACAAUGGGAACAGGCAGGUAAUGGGCAGCAGUCGGGUUCUCAAACACAUCCCCCUCAGCAGAACACCACUGCGGCAAGUCCGCCACCUCAUUCACAGCAACAGUGGAAUAGCCCGUCUUCAGGUGGUGCAUAUGGCCAAGGACAGUCGCCGAUGACUGCUCACUCCGUCAGCCCUCCGCCGACACAGCCGAUGACUGCGGCACCUCAAGUGCCAUCAAACAAACCUGUACAGUCAAGUCAGUCGUCAACGCCAGCACCGCAUCAAUCCGGAUAUUCUGCGCCACACGAGUUCAUUGCGGAGCUUCCUGCAGAUCUUGGAAACUUGACUAUUGCAGAAUCGAAGCCCAAGGAACAAGAACCAUCGGUCUCAGGCUCGCAAUAUCAAGCCUUCCACCCUUCGCUAUCUCCGACUGGAUCGCCAUCGCCUGGCUUUACCAUUCCUCGGCGGUCGUUUAGUGUCAGCACGAUUCCACUGGCUGAUCCGUGGAGGUUUGCAGAUGCGAUCACUGAAGUUCCAACACGCGAGUUCUACAUUCUGGCCGAUUUGCUUUUCGACGCUCUGGACCGGAAGUUUGAGCCAAAGAACACGGGCCUUCUGGAAGCACCAAAGAUCAUCGGGAGCUGGGUGAAAUUGACCGAAGACGCGUGUCGUGAGUGUCUGAAUUGCCGACAGAUGAUGCAAGACUAA